AUGAGUGCUCGCGACCUCGUCGAAGGGGAGGCCAUGAUCGAUGAUGACGACGAGGAGGAGUUGGUCGACGAUUAUGAAGGCGAACCGGGCGAAGGCGCUCCCAUCAAGCGCCGAGAGCAAUACAAUGACUCGAGUGAGGAGGAGGAGGAUGAUGACGAUGAAGAGGCCGAACGCGCCGUCCGCGAAGGCUUCAUCGAUGACGACGACGAAGAGCUCGAAGGUCGCGCCGAACGGAGACGGGAGAAACGAAAGCGAAGACGACAGGAACGCGAACGCGAAGAUGAACAUCUGGAUGAGGAGGAUCUCGAGCUGAUCGGGGAGCUCCAUCCGGGCAUGCAAGCCCCUGUCGCCGCAGAGUCCAAGUUCAAACGGUUAAAGCGUGGCCACAAAGAUCGCGACCAUCCCCAACCCUCCCACGGCAUCGAUGACAUUUUCAACUCCGACGAGGAGGAGGAGGAACCCCCCGCCGAAUACGGUCGAUACAGACGCCACAUGCAUGAGGAGAUGGGCGACUUCAUCGAGGAGGACACCUUCUCCGAUGAGGAGCAGCGCGACCAGGAAGACCUCGAGGUCGCUCGCCCCGCCCGCCCCGGUCUCUCCGCCCUCGGCGCCCCCGACGCCGCCGGCCUGGACGAGAACGCUCUCGAGGACAUGCGCGCCGCCUUUGGUGACGGCAACGAGUACGGGUUCGCCCUUGACAUGGAGGACCAGGAGGAGGAGCAGGAGGUCGUCCAGGAGAAGCACCUGGACCUCAAGGACGUCUUCGAGCCCUCUCAGCUCGCCGAGAAGAUGUUGACAGAGGAGGACAACCAGAUCCGCCUCACCGACGAGCCCGAGCGCCACCAAAUCGCCCGCGCCCCCUACCGUCACGUCGUCCUGACCGAGGACCAGUUCCGCGAGGAGGCCGCCUGGAUCUCCAACCUCAUGCUGCUCAAGAAGCGCCUCGACCCCGACCUGCGCGAACCCUUCCAGCGCGCCGUCGCCAAGGUCCUUGAAUUCCUCGUCACCGACGACUGGGAGGUUCCCUUCAUCUUCCAACACCGCAAGGACUACAUGAUCCACGCCGUCAAGGUUCCCGUCGACGAUGACGACGAUCCCGACCGCGACCCCGGCACCGCCUACACCACCAAGGCCGAGAAGCUGCUCAACAUGACCGACCUCUGGGACAUCUUCGACCACGACCUCAAAUUCCGCGCCCUCGUCGACAAGCGCAACACCAUCCAGCGCACCGUCGACAACCUCCACGCCGUCGGCGAGAUCGACGACCCUGUCGUCGCCGAGAUGCUGCCCGCCGCCUCCACCAUGGAGGAGCUGCAGGACGUCCAGGACUACCUUCACUUCCAGUACGCGGCCCAGCUGCGCGAUCUGGCCCGGACGGACGAUGCGAGCGGCGGCCCUAGCCGCCGCCGCGCCGCCGGCCGCUCGUUCUUCGAGCGCGUCCGGAACGCCCGCGCCUACGGCCUCGUGCGCGCCUGCGGCAUCACCGCCGAUGCGUUCGCUCAGAAUGCUCUCAAGGCCGGCCGCCGCCAGUACACCGAAGACCCCGCCGAGUCCCCCGAGGCCGUCGCCGACGGCCUUUGCGACACCGACUUUGCCUCCGCCGAUCACGUCACCAAGGCCGCUCGCGCCAUGUUCGCCGAGGAGAUGGUCAUGAGCCCCAAGAUGCGCAAGGUCGUCCGCCAGGCCUACUACAUGAACGGCGCCGUCGACUGCAUCCGCACCGAGAAGGGCCUGCGCCGCAUCGACGAGCAGCACCCCUACUACGAGUUCAAGUACCUGCGCAACCAGCAGCUCAGCGACAUCGCCCGUCAGCCCGAGCUCUACCUGCGCAUGCUCCAGGCCGAGGCCGAGGGACUCGUCGAUGUCCGCGUCCGCUUCGACCGCCUCGACCACUUCCGCCAGCGGCUCUACCCGGACCUCGAGUCCGACAACUACAGCGAGCUGGCCGACGCCUGGAACCGCCUGCGCCGCGAGUCCCUCGACCUGGCUCUCGGUAAGCUCGAGCGCCUCAUCCACCGCGGCGUCAAGGAGAACAUUCGCCAGGAGUGCGAGAACCACGUCGCCCGCGAGUGCCGCGACGCCUUCUCCCAGCGCCUCGACCAGGCCCCCUACAAGCCCAAGGGCAUGGUGCUGGGGACCGUGCCCCGCGUCCUCGCCCUGUCCACCGGCUCCGGCAUCGUCGGCCGCGACCCCAUCCACUGGGCCUACGUCGAGGAGGACGGCCGCGUACUGGAGAACGGCCGGUUCACGGACCUGUCGGUCGGCGGCGACCCGGCCGACCGCCACGUGCCCGACGGGCGCGACCUGGACGCCCUCGCCGAGCUGGUGCGCCGCCGCCGCCCCGACGUUAUCGGCGUCUCCGGCCAGACCCCCGAGACCCGCCGUCUCUACAAGCUGCUGACCGAGGCCGUCGACCGCCGCGACCUGCGCGGUGCCCCUUACACCGACGACCGCGACGCCGAGAUCACCGACCGGCUCGAGGUCGUCAUCGUCAAUGACGAGGUGGCCCGCCUCUACCAGCACAGCGAGCGCGCCGCCCGCGAUCACCCAGGGUUCGCCCCGCUGACCCGCUACUGCGUCGCCCUGGCCCGCUACCUGCAGAGCCCGCUCCGCGAGUACGCCGCGCUCGGCCGCGACGUCACCUCGCUGCCGCUCCAGCCCGGCCAGCAGCUGGUCGCACCCGAGCUGCUGCAGCGCCAGCUCGAGACGGCCCUGGUCGACAUGGUCAACCUGGUCGGCGUCGACCUGAACGAGGCGGUUGGCGACACGGCCACGGCCAACCUGCUGCCCUACGUCUGCGGGCUGGGCCCGCGCAAGGCGGCCCACCUGCUCCAGAUUGUCCACCUCAACGGCGGCGUGGUGACGGGCCGCGCCGCCCUGCUGGGCGUGCACACCCAGUACCCGGCGGUGGGCGUCAAGGUCUGGCACAAUUGCGCCAGCUUCCUCUACGUCGACUUCGAGACGGCCGACCCGGACGCCGACCCGCUGGACAACACGCGGGUGCACCCGGAGGACUACGACAUCGCGCGCAAGAUGGCGGCCGACGCGCUCGAGCUGGACGAGGAGGACAUCAAGGCGGAGACGGACGAGAACGGGGCCGGGGCGAUCGUGCGCAAGCUGUUCCGCGAGGAAGCGCAGGACCGGGUCAACGACCUGAUCCUCGAGGAGUACGCGGAGCAGCUGGAGCGGAAUCUGAACCAGCGCAAGCGGGCGACGUUGGAGACGAUCCGGGCGGAGCUGCAGCAGCCGUACGAGGAGCUGCGGAAGCCGUUCGCGCCGCUGGGCACGGACGCGAUCUUCACGAUGCUGACGGGCGAGACGACGGCGACGCUGGCCGAGGGCAUGGUGGUGCCGGUGUCCCUCAAGCGCAUCACCGACGACCACAUCGACGGGCGGCUCGACUGCGGGGUCGACGCCCUGGUGCCCGAGGCGGAGCUGACGGACCGGUACGACCUGCCGGCGCGGGCCCUGUACGCGCCGCACCAGACGGUGCCGGCCAAGGUGCUGUUCCUCAACCGGAAGACCUUUACCUGCACGGUGUCGCUGCGGGCAGAGCAGGUGCAGCGCCCGACGGCCGGAGGCUCCGGGCGUGCUGGUUCCCGGCGGGCGCCGGGCGAGUGGGACGAGCGGCAGGAGCAGCGGGAUCAGGCGGCGCUGCAGGCGGAGACACCGCGCGGGGAACGGGCGGUGCGAGUUAUCAAGCACCCGCUGUUCCGACCGUUCGGGUCGGCGCAGGCGGAGGAGUUCUUGGGAUCGCAGGCACGCGGCGACGUGGUGAUCCGGCCGUCGUCCAAGGGACCGGACCACCUGGCGGUGACGUGGAAGGUGGCGGACGGAGUGUUCCAGCACCUGGACGUGCUGGAGCUGGACAAGGAGAACGAGUUCUCCGUGGGCCGGACGCUCAAGGUGGGGGGCCGCUACACGUACAGCGAUCUGGACGAUCUGAUCUUCAACCACGUCAAGGCGAUGGCCAAGAAGGUGGACGAGAUGACGCUGCACGAGAAGUACCAGGAGGGGACGCGCGAUGCAACCUACGCCUGGUUGAACACCUACACCAAAGCCAACCCCCGACGAUCGGCGUACGCGUUCUGUAUCGAUCCCAAACAUCCGGGGUACUUCUUCCUCUGCUUCAAGGCCGGGGAGCAGGCACCGCUGCACAGCUGGCCGGUCAAGGUGAUUCCGCAAGGCUACGAGCUGCAACGCAAUCCGUACCCGGACAUGCGAGCGUUGUGUAAUGGGUUCAAAUUGCUGUUUACCAACAUGCAAGCCACUCGACGACGGUAG